AUGCCAAUAAAGUACAGAAUUGAAUUCGCUUUUUUCUGCUUCGUUCAAAAUGCUGUAAAUCGUCAACAACCCAAAGCAAGUCCGAAAAGGACGUCGUUGAAACACAAUUUAAAUGCGAUAUGCGAAUUUAAACGAUCAUCGAAUAUGUCGCUGACGACAAACAAAAGCAAAGAGGAGAAAAAGAGAAAGAAAGAGAAGUAG